GAGUAGCAGAAAUACGUGGUGAAAUCACUCCUCCAAACCCCAUCUCUUCUCUUCUCUUCACACAAAAUUCUUAACAAUUCAUUCAUUUCACACAAAGAAGACGAUAAACAAUUCAACAAUCCCAAAUUCUUCACCCUAGAGAUCAUCAGCCGGAUGUUCCCAGCUUGCAUGUUCACGAUCCAACGCCCAUAAUUCACUGCUGAUUGAUCAAAUCACGGCACGGCGGGCCUCAGCGCCGCAUUUUUCCGUUUUCUCUACGCCUUCUCAUGUUUUUUGCUGGCACCUGUGGAAUUGGAAUUGAUGGAGUUGAAUGAAUCUCAGGAUUCUAAGAGUUUUCUUGCGAAGAUUUUUGUAGCAGGAUUUUUGGAGACAUAGGAGGAGGAGGUGGAUGAUGAUGAAUGAUCUGAAAUAUUUUUAUUCGUAGGGAGGUUUUUGAUUCGUUGCUGUUUCAAGGGCCAAAGACUGAAAAGUCUGCUGUGAGUUUUGAGAAAUUUGGGUGGAUGAAUGUGAAAACAGGGGUGGUGUGGCUGAGAAUUGUGCCCUAAAGGUUUAAGUAUUCCUUUUUCUGAUUGUAUUUUGAAGGUCUUCCAGCAACUUGUUUGCAUGUAGAUGUGGAAGAAUAUGGACACAAAUACCUGUAAUGUUAAUAAUUUGGAUUCGGAUGCCCUGUUGCCACCUCGAAAGCGGCUUUUGGCUGGAUUGAAGAGACAGAAUUCUGAUGUUAAUUCCCCUGCACCUUUGCCAUCAUCCCCUAAUUGUGCUGGUAGCAAAAAUGAUGCCUGUAACAAUAUAUAUAGGUCCCAGUUGGGUAAUCCUAAUCUUUCGAGUGAGGAGAUUGUUGAAGCCUCUAGGAUUGCUGCUGUAGAAGCUGCAAAGGUUGCAGAGGCUGCAAGAGCUAAUGCGGAAGAGAAGGCUGCAAAAGCUGCAAAGGCAGUGGCUGCUGCCAAGAGUGCCUUGGAACUUGUUGCCACUCUCUCGGAGGAAGCUGCUAACAAAGAAAAAGGUCUGAAAAAGAACAAGAUGAAGAAGCAUGUACCUGUUGAAACAUUGUACAAUAAAAACAAAGGCAAUAGUAAUUGUAGAACAGAUGAAGAAUUGGCUCGCAAGUUGCACCAGGCCAUCAACAGUUCUCCAAGAAUUUUGAAGAAUGCGUCAGGUUCUGAUACAAGAAGUCACAAGCAUAAGAGGCUGAAAAGCUCUGCUGUUUCUGAGAGACCUGGUAUUUCCAGUGGAGUUCCCAUUGCGGAAGGGAAUCGGCCUUCCUCAACUACAAGCAACGGUAAUGGUUUAGUAGGAGAUACAGACAAUGAAGGUUCUCUAAAAAAGAUAGACAUGAUUAUGGUAGAUUUGAACGCAUCAAAGUCUGAUAAACGCGACCAACUGAAGUUGGAUAAUGGGGAAGGGUGGGUACCCAGUAAAAGUGAUCAGAUGAAAUCGGGGAACAGGGAAGCGGAGGCACUUGUGUCAAAAGAUAAAUUUGCUGAAUCAUUGGAUAGUUUUGGUAAAAAGAGGGGAAGAAUUAAGCAAAAGAAGUUGCCCUUGAGCAUUUGUAGUUUCAGGGAUCAAACUGGCCCCAAAGAGGAGCUGAAACCUCAAGGCAUGCUGCAAUUGGAAGAUAAUGCUGUCAGAACUGCCGUUGGCAAUCAGCCCUUAUUUUCCAUGGGUCCUUCCAGUAGUAGUUUGAGGCCUGUUGAUAAGACAUCAAUGUGGAAGUGUCAAUCCUUCAAGGCACCUGCUUGUGUUAAACAAAAUAAAGUUAUGCAGUCAUAGUGUUCAUAGUGUUAUUUAAACAAUUGGAGGCUAUCAUGAUAGAGUCUGAUCGAGGUAGUUCCCAGUAUGGUUUUUUGGUAUACAUAAGGCCCUCUUUUUGUCCCUUUAUUUUCUUCUUUUUUUUUUCCCCUGCUUGUGAGUAGAUUGUCAUGAUUUUGAACUGAAAUGUAUAUUUGAAUUGCUUGAUUGCUUGCA